UUUUGCGUAAGUCACUGUCAAACAAAAACCAAAAACAUUUAAGUGCUGCGAAAAAAAUAUUUAUUAAAAAUGAUAAAAUGGAGAUAUUAUUAAGAUUUGUGCCAACAAAUUCCUUAAGAUUGACAGCCUCUAGAUUACUAUUAACUCACGUAGCUAACUACACCAGGCUCGCAGAAGUUGGAAAAUUAGAAGCACCCAAAACAUCUGGAAAAUACGAAACGGGACAAUUGAUUUUGCACAAAGUAUUUGGAUACAGAGGUGUUAUAUUAUUUCCAUGGUUAGCAAGAGUGUACGACCGGGAUGCCACUAAUAAAAAGGAGAGUACAGAGUCCUCAGGGUCUACAGACACUUCGAAAGAUAACCUAUCAAAUGUUGGCAAGGAAGUGAAGGGGAGGACUCAUACCUUCUAUCAAGUCCUUAUAGACACCAGAGAUGCCCCAUACAUAACUGUGCAAACACACUUCGACAUGAGACCUGAGUGGAAAAAAAAGAGAGCGCAGACAGAAGCGGUGACUUUCUUAGGCAACCAAGAAUCUAGUCGCAGUUUGUAUGCUAUACCUGGCCUCGACUAUGUAGCACAUGAUGACAUCAUUCCCUAUACUUCAGUAGAGAGGGUACCUCUGCAGCAUGAGCUCUUCGAUAAGUUCCUUAUGCAUAAUCCGGAUAAAGAUCCACCCUUCGUAGCGCAAGAGACGCUUCGCGCUUGGCAGAAGAAAAAUCAUCCGUGGUUAGAGUUAAGUGAUGUUCACCGCGAGACGACAGAGGGCGUCCGAGUUACCGUCAUACCGUUCUACAUGGGCAGUCGCGAGUCACAGAACUCGGCCGUGUAUUGGUGGCGCUACUGCAUCCGGCUGGAGAACCUGGGCGCGCAGGCGGUGCAGCUGCGCGAGCGGCACUGGCGCAUCUUCUCGCUGAGCGGCACGCUGGAGACCGUCCGGGGGCGGGGCGUGGUGGGGCAGGAGCCGCUGCUGGCGCCGCCCGCGCCCGCCUUCCAGUACAGCAGCCACGUCAGCCUGCAGGCGCCCAGCGGACACAUGUGGGGAACGUUCAGAAUGGAGCGCGAGGACGGGUACACGUUCGACUGCCGCAUCCCGCCCUUCUCGCUGGAGAGCAAGCCCGACGAGGACGCGCCCGUGGCGCCCACCGCGGCGUGACGUCAUCGCCCCGUGACGUCACCGCCAACAACGCCGUGACAUCACCGCCCACCGCGCCGUGACGUCACCGCCCACCGCGUCGUGACGUCACCGCCAACCGCUGCGUGAUGGCACCGCGAACGAACCCUCUGCACCCCGCGGAGCUCGCCAGUCGAAGUCGUUACGUUUAAUAUGUCAUUAAUAGAAAAUAUUUAUUGCAACUCUAGCUCAUACGUUUCUAGAAAUGUCCAAAAAAUUUCUUAGUACGAUUAAUAAAAAUAGAUCUUAAAUAAUUUGCAGUAUUCUGUU